AUGGAGGAGAUUGAAUGUGAAGAACAAUGUGCUCAAUGCCACAAAAUUUGUGGAACGCCACAAAUUCUUCCCUGUGGAGAUAUUGUCUGCAAUGAGCACUGCCCUCCCAUUGUACGCGGACAGCCAUGUCCUGUGUGCAAAAAGAUUUUUAUCUCUGAGCGUCUUUUUCAAGUUCCCUGCCCCACUAACCAAGAGGAUUCCUCUCGACCAAUGGAUGAUUCCACGAGGGAGGUUAGGGAUAAUUGGUUUGGAAUGGGUACCAAAAGAGGCAGAGAGCGGUACCUUACUUCCCCAUGUGAAAAUUGGUUCUUCUGUGGCCACGAAGCUUGUUACCUGAGCCACCAGAAGAGCAUGGGCCUAAAACGAGGCAGACAGCCAAUCAAAUGCCUCCUUACGCGCGGCGCUCUCGUGGCAUUGGCUCCUCGUCAACAAGUGUCAAUUACACCGCCACACCAGCUCGAUCUUGACAGUAGAGUGCAGUGUGCUUUAAAUUUCUCGCCUGGCGGUGUAAGGGGGAUGUUUGAAUUUGAGUGUCCCAUCUGCUUGGAUUUUACUGUAGAUCCUUACGUACCUCCCUGUUGUGAGCAUUUCAACUGUCGCAAGUGUUUCAAUAGCAUCCAACCUGUUAAUAACCUCCUAAGUUGUCCAAUAUGCCGAAAACAAUUUAGACUUGAUCAAAUCAAACCGUAUGAACCGGAACCGCCAUCUAUGAAGUAUUGCCUUGAUCUUUCCUGCCAACCAAAUAGCGGUUGUACCAAGGUGCACAUUGAUGAGCUCUGUAAAAACCCGACAGGGACAUUUACACCUCUUGCUAAACUACCGAGAGAAAAUACGGGGGAGAUCAAUGAGCCUACAUUGGAGCUGUCUGAAAAUGCAACAUAUUGCAACGAUAUCUGCUGUCCAGGUGGAAGGAAUGCCAAAUGUGGAAAGAAACAUGAGGAGGAUUUGAAUUUGAGGACAAACUCACUGGCAAUCGCUGGCUUGAUUCCUACUCAAGUCGCUCCUGCGGCUACUAGUCGGUUCGACGAGCUUCCACGUCUUGAGGUUGUUUGCUACUUCCACAAGGGCUUCACUUCCGAUGGCGCUAUCGAAUUCUUCAACUCAAACAUUAUUCUUUGCCUCCCUGCUAGAUGCACUUCUUCAUAA